AUGGUUGGCUGGCGACCGUGGUGGCCGAAGCCGCGUCCGAAGCCUCACGACACGGCAGGGAUUCUUAAUCCGGUGCUGCUUAUACCGGGGAUUGGAGGCUCUAUUCUUAACGCAGUUAGCGAAGACGGGAAGAAGAAGGAACGGAUAUGGGUCCGACUUUACAACGCUGAUCAAGAGUUUCGCACCAAGCUUUGGUCGAAAUACAAUCCUAAAACAGGCAAGUCGGAGUCGCUGGACGACAAGUCGCACAUCGAGGUGCCGGACGACAACCACGGGCUGUACAGCUGCGACAUCCUCGACCCCGACGUCUCGGUACCGUUGGACGUGGUGUGCUACUACCACCACACCAUUGUCGAGAUGCGCAAGUGGGGCUUUAAGGACGGCGAGACGCUCUUCGGUUUCGGCUACGACUUUCGGCAAAGCAACCGGCUGCCGGAGACGUUGGACCGGCUGCGCGCGCGGCUGGAGGCGAUAGUGGCGGCGAGCGGGCGGCGCGUGGACGUGGUGACGCACAGCAUGGGCGGGCUGCUCUUCAAGUCGUUCGUCGCGCUGCACCCCGCCCACGCCAAGCGCCUCGUGCGCAAGUGGGUCUCCAUCGCCGCGCCCUUCCGAGGCGCGCCGGGGUUCAUAAUGGACACGCUGCUGACGGGGGUGGAGUUCCUCAAGGGCUGGCAGAAGUCGCUCUUCAUCUCCAAGUGGACCAUGCACCAACUCAUGGUGGAGUGUCCAUCGGUGUACGAGCUGAUGGCGGAUUACGACUUCCACUGGGGCGGCCAGCAGCCCGAGCUGCGCGUCGUGCGCCGCCAGCCCGACUUCAAGGCGGGCGACACCAAGGAGGACGUGUGUGGCGGGGCGGAAGCGGAGACGGACAGUGAGAGCGAGAGUGGGAGCGAGAGCGGCAGCAGCAGUGCGAGCAGCAGUGGCAGUGGCGGCGACAGCGAGGCGUGCAGUGGGGCAGAGUCCGUGGCGGGCGAUGGCAGUCCGCGGAGGGCGGUGGGGAAGGGGGUGGUGGAGAGGGUGCUGGGCGAGGGCGUGGUGGAGCAGCGGUUCACUCGCCUGCCGGACAUUCUGGCUGCCAUGGACAGAGCACUGCAGGGCAAUAAGAUCGAGGUGAAUGGGCGCACGGUGCCCUUACCGUUCAACCGGGACAUUGUGAGGUGGGCGGACGAGACGAGGCGCAUCUGGGCGAGGGCGCGUCUGCCGCCCUCCAUUGACUUCUACACCGUCUAUGGCACCGGCCUCGACACGCCCUUCCACUCGCAGUACGGGUCGCCCAAGGACCCGCUCAACGACCUGCCUGACAUCCUGCACUCCGAUGCCACCUUUGACUGCGUGCACGGCGACGGCACCGUUCCUGUUGAGUCCGCCCUGGCGGACGGCUUCCCAGCGCGCUUCCGAGUGGGAGUGCCGGGGGCAGAGCACCGGGAGCUGCUGCGGCUGCCACGCGUGUUCAGCCUGCUGCACUUCUUCCUCGAGGUGAAGGGCAAGGACCCCCUCUACGACCCCCUCGACGACUUCGUCAUCGUCCCCCGCCCCCUGGGGGCGCCGGGUGCAGAGCAGGAGGAGGGGGAGGGGAAGGGGGAGGAAGUGGAGGGCGAUGAGAGAGGGGUUAGGUUGGUGUGUGGAGAGAAGGGAGGAGGUUUGGAGGAGAGUGGGGAAGGGGGGAGGGAGAAGGGGGGGAGGGAAGUGGCGGUGGGGGUGGAGGUGGGGGGGCAGGCGGUGCGGGCGGUGGUGUAUGAGUCGGAGGCAGGGAAGGGCACGGUGUGUGUGUCGCUCUCUGCCACCUCGCCAUCCCCUGACAGGACUCAAGUGUCAUGCUGCUUUGGCAUCUGUCAACGAUAA